CAGUUUAAAUGCUUAUUCCUUUGUUGUGUUUUUCAGAGGUAUAGAUAAAGCGUGUGAAUCUCUUUGAUGUGAUUGAAAAAGUCAUUGAAGAAAGAAAAUGUUUGAAGUGUUUAUAUUGAAGAUUGAAAAUCCAUGGUGCUUUUGGGGCUACAUAAAAGGAGGUGGAAGUAUUGUAAAAAACGAAAUGGAGUAUAAAGAACUUCAAUCUGAAAUGAAUCUGUUCUAUAAUAAAUUCCACAGAAAUGUGGAUGAUAUCAAGCCAUCUGUAUUGGAAGAGGGCCAGGUUUGUGCUGUUUAUUGUCAGGAAAUGAAAUCCUGGUGCAGAGCUGUUGUUAAAGCAAUCAUAUCAUGUACAGAUUAUUUCCUUGCUGAGUGUUUCCUUGUGGAUUACGCCAGGAGUGUCCCUGUGAAAACAGACCGGAUUUGUGUUGCCUUGGAAUCAUUUAUGAGAUUACCCUACAGAGCAAUGAAAUUUAGACUGUAUGGUACAAAACCGGUCACACUGCGUGUCGACUACUUUAACAACAGUGCCGCGAUAGUCCCUGCUAACCGCUGGGAUAUAGCAGCUAUCCACUACUUCCAAAAUCUCCUGAAUGCAACCACCAUGGUGGAGGCCAAGUUAUGUGCUGUUGAAGAAGACAGUUUUGAUGUUGAUCUCUAUGUCACAAUAAAGGAAGAAAAGAUAUGUGUGAAUGACGAUCUUGUUGCCAAAAAGUUUGCUGUCUAUGAGGCACUGAACAGUACAACAAUUAGUGCUGUGGAAGACCAGAAAAGAGAAACGCCAUUAAGCCUUGAGCCUCUUUCAGAGGAGAUCAAUCCUGCACUUGUUCUGUGGCCAAUGUUGUUGCAAGCCAAGGAAACGAAGGCUUUUGAAACAUGUGCUUCUGCUUCUGAUGACGUUAAAAAAACAACUUGCAAUAAUUUGCAGGAAACUGAUUUAGCCAGUGAAGAAACAGAGUCUGUGAGUGGUUGUAGCAUUUUUCACAAGGGACUGAAAUCGAAGAUUUAUAGGAUGGUGAAGGCUGUAAUGGUGCCAGUUCCUCCUUUAAAACAAGGCAUAACUGUUUCCUUGCAGCCGGAUAUACAAACAGACAGCACCUUAUGUAAGGAAACUACUAAAACACAAGAACUGGAGAAAGAUCUUUAUGAGAAAAAUAUUGGUGUGAAGCUUCUACAAUUUUUAAAUCCUUUGAAAGCUGUUGAUGGACAAGAUGAGACCAAGAAGCUGCAAAUUAAUACCAGUGCAUUCCGUCCUGCUGUCCUUAAUAAAAAAAUGGAACCGUGUUCAUCUCUUGAAACAGCGCCACUGUUUCCAACUCUGAAAAAGGAACUUCUAAGGAAUCACUUCUCAGGACCUAAUCAUGUACAGUCUUAUUCGUGGCCACCAAUAGCUCGCGGAUGUGAUUCAGUUAUUAUCUCUCCUGAAAAAGAUCCACUUCUGUAUCUUCUGCCAAUUAUUACGUUUUUGCAGUCAAGAAGUUGCUAUGUAUCACUGCCAGCUCGGAGUGGUCCAGUUGCAUUAAUCCUGUGCCCAGGACGGAAGAAAGCAGAACUGGUGUUUGAGUCUCUGGAAACUUACAGCCAUUGUUCCAGGCCUAUUCACCCAAUAUUGCUCUUACUGGGAAUGAAUAAGGAAGAAAUACAGAGCACAAGAAUUCCAAGAGGAUGUGAGGUCCUUAUAACAACCCCAUAUACCCUUCUGAGGUUGCUUGAAUAUCACAGCUUACUGUUCCUCAGGCUCUGCCAUCUUGUGUUUGAUGAAAUUGAUGUGUUGUUUGCUGAAGCCAACAUGGAAAUGUUUAGUAUUCUAGAAUAUUACAAAACAUCCUUGAACGUUGAAGAGAAAGAAUCUGCACCUCAGCAGAUAGUAGCUAUUGGAAGGCACUGGAGCAAAAACAUAGAACGCUUAACCAAAGAGUUCAUGAAUGAUCCGUAUGUUGUGAUCACAUCCAUGGAAGAAGCUGCCAUAUAUGGCAAAGUGCAACAGGUGGUGCAGCUUUGCCUUGAGUGUGACCGAAUCUCUACUUUACUUCAAACAUUGGACUUUACUCCUACUAAUAUUCAGAAAACAUUGAUUUUCACCAGUUCCGUAGAAGAAACAGAUAUAAUUUACAAGGCAGUGGAGAGCACUUCAAUAUUUUGUUUGAAAAUGCACCCAGACAUUGGAUUUCAUUUUGAUUAUGUUUUAGAGCAAUGGAACAAAAAAUUUAGCUCUGGCACACAUGUUGUACUAGUUUUAACCGAUGACUGCAUAACAACCUUAGGAAUUACUGAUGCAACUCGGGUUGUUCAUUUCAGUUUUCCUGCAUCUCCAAGAAUUUUCGGUGCACGCUUAUACAGCUUAUCUGAUAACUUCCAAAACUCAGUUGGAAAGAUUUCGUCUCUGGAAAAAGAACAACCAAAUGCAAAAUCCAUCUUGCUGUUGACAGAAAAGAGUGCAUCCCAUGCUGUUGGAGUAAUGCAUUAUUUAAAACGCACAGAAGCCAAUAUUCCACCUGAAUUAUGCAACUUUACAUCUGGAGUGUUGGAGGCCAAAGAAGACAGAAAGAAAGGAAGACCUCUCUGUCGCUACCUUAAAGCAUACGGAGUUUGCAAGAAUAAGAAACGCUGUCCAGAUCGACAUCGAGUUAGUUUACAAAUAGAUAUGCUACAAAAGGUAACAAAUGAAACUUUGCCUGCAACUGGAAAUGUAACGAUCCUUCCUCUUUUUAUUGUGGAUGCCACAAAUUACUUUGGCCGCAUUGUCAGUAAACAGAAAGAUCCAUAUACAGCUCUUGCAGAUGAAAUGAAUGCAUACUAUAAAAAAGCUAAGAAUCUUGUCCCUGCUGACCCAUUGGAGAAGCUAGCAAUGUAUGGAUUACGUGAAGAAAACACUUUCCACAGGGUUCAGGUGCUUGAAGUACCACCCAAGGAAGAAAACUCUGUAUUUUAUAGCCUUCAUAUCAAGUAUAUAGAUGAAGGCAGAUUUGGUCAAGUUCAAAAUUAUAAAUUGCUUAACUUACCCGAACAAUUCCAAGCUUUGCCCCCUCAAGCAGUGGAAUUUAUUGUUUGUAGAGUUAAACCCAUUGAUAAUGAAAUGGAGUGGAAUCCAAAAGUUACGAGAUACAUUAAUCAGAUGAUCAGAGGGAAACCUCAUGAAGCAAAAAUAGUACUUGCUUUGGGAAACACAAUUUGGGUGGAUCCAGUGGUUUGUGUCACCAGACUUCUAGAUCUGAAAACGUCUAUUAAUGAAUACAAUAUUCGUUCUGAGAUCCUGUCUACUGGAAUGGGAAUUGACAACCCAGAACACAUCAGUGAACUCCAGAAGUUAUAUAGAGAUGCUGAAACGGUUCAAGAGGAAAAGGACUUACCUGUAUUGAUAGAUCCUCUGAAGUGUGGGGUGAGUGAGCAGGCUGCAUCUCCUUCACAAAGCAUCUUGGACCAGACUACUCUCAAUUCACAGGCCUCCAAAGAACAAGCCUUAUCCAAUGUGCAGAAUGAUGUGCAAGAGGGUGACGUUAUUACAAAUCAGAGUUUUUCUCAAGAAACUUUACAAAAUCACCAUGAUGAAAUGACUGCAGCUAAGAAAGCAGAUGAAUGUCUACAGCCAUCUCAUGAAUGUCCAACCACAGCAGUUAACCAGGUGCUCCCAAGAAGCUCACAAGAAGGGCCCAAUGGAGAAUGCCAUCCUCAGCUUUCCCAAGCACCUGCUGAUCGGAGCUUCUAUCCAUCAAUAAAAUGGUUUGAAAAGCAGGAUGUUGUUGUUCUGAAGAUAAAAUUACAAAAUAUUACCAGCUACGACUGCAGGUUUUUCUCCCAGAGGAUCAUUUUCAGUGCUUCCGUAGAAGACAGAUUUUAUUUGGCUGAUAUGGAGCUGCAGAAAAAUAUCAUCAAAGAAAAAUCAGCUUGUGACCUUAAGAAUGGUGAACCUGUGAUUACCCUUGCAAAAGAGAAGGCUGAACCUUGGUGCAACUUGCUGAAGCACAAAAAUCCCCACAUCUCCUUUGAUUUUGAUUACUUGGAUUAUUCUGAAGAAAGAAGUCCCUUUUCUACUGGUAAGCCACUAAUUACAUUUUGUGUAAACAUUCCUCUACAGUCAUAG